UAUAAUAUGAAAACCACAACAGUAGUAGAAUCAUAAGUGAUUAAGACCAAUGUGGAAGUUGAUUAAGUUCCUUUGAGAUAUAAUAGAAAAAGAAAUUACAUGUCAACUUCAUUUGUGUCAGCAUAAUUUUCUAAUAAUUAAUAUGGAUGUUAUUAAAUUAUGAUUGAUAAUAAUGAAUGUCGACCUAAAUGUCAACCUCCGCCUUAAUAACCUUAUAUGAUGCCUAUGUAUGUUCCUGUUCCUUAUCCUUAAUAACAAGAGAAGGAAUGUGAAUGUGAAGAUGGUGAAUCAUACAAGGAAGAAUUAUUAUUUUUAAGACAGAGAGUAGCAGAAUUAUUAGCAAGAGAGCCUGAAGUUAAGACAGUUAAAGAAAGAGUUGAGGUAUUAGACAAUACUAGGGUAAAAACAAUUUAAUAUAUAAUAAAGGUUGAAGAACUUGAACUUGAAGCACAGAGAUUUAGAUUAUAAUUACAAUAAGCUUAAAAUUAAUUAAGAUAGAAAGAGCAGGAAUUUAUUGAAUUAAGAAGCGGAAAUGAUUAAUCAUAAUAAGGAUUACAAUCUAGGAUUAAAAUUAUUGAAGUAAGAAAAACUAAUAGAUUUAGGAACAAUUAUAUAAUGUCAGAAGCGAAAUUGAAAGAGUCACAGGAUUAUUGAAUUAAAAAGAAUAAGAAAUUUAAGAAUGGGAAAGAAGAUGUCAUGAAGUUGAAAGCUCUGUAACUUAUGAGAUAGAAGAAAAAACAACCAAAUUAAGAUCAGUAUAUUUAGAAUAUUAUUUAUUCAGGAAGUAGAAGUUUGGAAAGGCAGAUUUAAAAAAUUAAAUACAGAAUUUUUUACUUGUUAAGAAUAAUUAAUAAUGGUCUAAGCUGAAAUCGAUUCAAUUAAGAAUGGAGGAGUAAAAGAGGUUAAAGAAGUAAAAGUUGAAAAGAAAGUUGUUGGACCAACAAUAACAACAGUUUAAUCAAGUUAAUCAAGAACAAGAGGAUCAAGAAUAAUUGAAAGUUAGGAGGUUAUUAAAGAGGGAACACCUGCUAGGCUAUAUCCAUGAG